AUGCACUACUGCAAAGGUGACAGCGACCAGGACCUGUGCCACGACGGCUCGGUCUGUGGCGAGAAGGGCUGGACGUGGCACGGCUCCGGGGGGUGUUGCCAUGAAAUCCCGGUGGGCACCGCCGACCUGCCCCCUUGCCAUGACCCUGGCAGCCUCAGCCGCGACAUUGAGGGGUCCUGCCAGAGCGAGCCGCAAGGCUGCCAGCCCACGGAGCCGUGCCCACCCCAGAGCUGCUGCCCACCACAGCAAAGCUGCAAUUUCGGCAAGCCGCGGAGGCGGGUGGAGGUGAGCCACGUGCAGCCCGUUUGCCCUCCACCCGUGAAAAUCCAUCGCCGGCCACUGCAGCAGUACCGCCCGCCCCUGCACUGCGAGGAGCCGGCUUGCUGCGGCAAGCCCCGGCGGCGAGUGGAGCAGUGCCCCACGGAGGAUUCCUGUCCCCCCGUGAUACCGCUUCCCCAGCCACUGCAGCGUUGCUCCCCCUGCAUCCCAUGCUGCUGCCCACCCAUCCAGCGCUGCUGCCCACCCAUCAAGUGCUGCUGCCCACCCGUCCAGCGCUGCUGCCCACCCAUCAAGCGCUGCUGCCCACCCGUCCAGCGCUGCUGCCCGGCCACCAUGCCCCUGCCACUACAUCCCAACCAGCAGCAGCAAAAGCAGGUCCCUCUCUUGCCCCCCUGUCUGCAGAAGAAAUGA